AUGCAGCGCACGAAUUGCAUGCUGCUAAUCCUCGGUACGGUGCUAUCGAUCUGCCAUAGCACCUACGUACCAAUAUCGCAGGCAACAGUGAACGGAGCUGCCAUCAAAUAUGCUGACAAAGAGUUUCUUGUGAAGCAAAAGUUCUUCUUUGAGAUUCUGCGCCAUCUGCAUCAACCGAUCGCUUUCGAGGAGUAUCUCCCGUACACCGGACGUUGGAUUACGGAUCCGAACAAAUAUGCGAACUAUACCGAAGUGAACGAGUUCAUACAGUCGUACGAGCAGGGUCUGCUUAGAAAGGGACAAAUCUUCACCAUCUACAACUACUGGUACGCCAAACAAACACUGCAGCUGUACCGACUCUUCGAGAAUGCGAUCGAUUGGGAUACGUACUACAAGAACGUCAUCUGGGCGCGUCAGAACAUCAACGAAGGAAUGUUUCUCAGUGCGCUGACACUCUCCGUACUGCACCGGCCAGAUCUGCAGGGUAUCGUUCUACCGGCCAUUUACGAGAUCUAUCCACACUACUUCUUCGACGGGGAUGUAUUCCACGACGCGGCCAAUCGACGCGCCAUGGAUCCGAACUACGGGUUCCACACGAACAAACGGUACAAUUUAGCCCUAUCAAAUUACACCUCGUCGUUUGCAACGCAGUUUUACGGCGAAGGAUCCCUGUCGUACUUUACCGAAGAUGUGGGCUUGAACUCGUACUACUACUACUUCAUGAUGGAUUAUGCACCAUUCCUUGGUGGGGAUAAGCUUGGCCUAAAGAACGAUCGUAGAGGCGAGCUGUACCUGUUUAUGCAUCAGCAGCUUCUCGCUCGUUACUAUCUCGAGCGUAGCUCGAACGGGUUGGGCCCGAUACAGGAACUUACCUGGGAAUCACCGAUUGCGACCGGAUAUUACUCAAUGCUACGCUACUGGAACGGUGUUCCGUUUAGAUCGCGCGAAAGUAACUUCCUUUGGCGGCCGUACGAUCCCAUUAAGCUCGGCGGAUUGAAAGCCUACGAGGAGCGUGUUCGGCAGGCGAUCGAUCUGGGUUACGUGGUGACGCGUGAUGGUCAGCGGAUCAGCUUGCGCCAACCGGAAGCCAUUGAUAUUAUGGGAAAUCUUGUGAGUGGCACUGUUGAUAGCGUCAAUGUGGACUACUACAAGAUGAUCGAGACGACCGCGCGAAUGGUACUGGCCCAGGGAGACUAUUACGGGUCGGCCAGUGAAGUAUGGCCGGGUGUGCUGAUGCACUACGAAACAUCGAUGCGUGAUCCCGUGUUUUAUCAGUUUUAUCAACGGUUGUUGAGUUUCUACUGGGACUUUAAGAGCUAUCUUCCGCCGUACACCGUGGAUCAGCUGAAGUUUGAAGGUGUCGAAAUCAAGGGAGUUUCGGUGGAGAAACUGAUCACGUACAUGGAACCGUUCGAUGUGGACAUUAGCAAUGGGCUCGGAUUCAACUAUGGCUCGGAGCAAUCGACGUGGAAUUUCAGUGUGUAUGCACGAAAACAGCGCCUGAACCAUAAACCGUUCAGCUAUGUACUGAACGUUAGCUCCCAAUUCGCCGGUAAGGGAGUGGUUCGGAUGUACAUGGGUCCCAAGAUGUACCAUCUUAGUCAGCUACAGUAUCUGAAGAAAUUUUUCGUCGAAAUGGAUCAAUACACAGUUGAGCUGGCGAUGGGCGACAAUCAGAUCAAGCGAAAUUCGCGCGAGUUCUACUACGACAUUCGCGACCGGACGACGUACUCCGAGCUGUACAAGCGUAUCAUGAAGGCGUACAACGGUGAGGAGCAAUUCGUGCUCGACAUGUCCGAGGUACAUUGCGGUUGGCCCGAUCGUCUACUGCUGCCCAAGGGUCAUCCGAACGGUUUCCCGCUGAGUUUCUUCUUCAUCGUGACGCCCUUCUAUCCGCCCAAGAUGGCGCAGUUUUCCAACUUUGACGCAACGUACACGUGUGGUACGGGAUCGGGAUCGAAGUACAUUGACGCACUACCGUUCGGGUUUCCCUUCGAUCGGGAGAUUAACUUUAGCAAUUUCGCUACGAAAAAUAUGCUUUUUAGCGAUGUGUUGGUGUACCAUGUCGAUGGGAACCAAACGAAUGAAUCACACUGAUG